UUUAUAUCUAAGAUCCUUUUGCUUUCUUCUUCAGAUCUUGAAACAUACUCUAAACAAGACAAAACAAAACAGAAAACAAAGAUACGCUGCUCAAAAGACUUGGUAAAUCAAAAUUUCUGAAGAUUGGUGUCUGUCUAUGGGGAAGAAACAUCUUAGCAUUAACUCUCUGAGUUAUCAUUCCACGAAGGACGAAGAAAACGAAGAAGACAACAACUGCAAGAACAGUCUCUUCUUUGGAUUGUUCGAUGAUUCUGAAUCCACAAGGUCAAGAAGUGGGAGUAUGAAGAGACAAUACAGCGAUAUGGGAGAUAGCUACCACAGAAUUUAUGAAGAACAUCAUAAUGAUGUUGAUUAUGCUGAUGAUGGUGAUGAUGAUGAGGGAUCGAGGAUGGACAUGAGAGUCUUGAUGGUACUUGAGUAUAUGAGAGAGCUUUACGUGGGACAACUACAGCUGCUCAAGAAGAUGUUUCCAGGGGGAGCCAAAGACGAUUUUCUUGGUUUCUUCAACAAACUCGGAGACGCUAUGUCUCAAUUCAAACAAGAUUCUCGUCCUCCUGCAAAGUCGAUGACUAUGCAGAGGAGCCUCAGUGCUGGUUCACCUCGUGUCAGAGUGAGAGGGGUCAAUCUUGGCCCACCAGAUUUGAGAGAUGAAAGGUUUAAAGUUUCGACGGUUGAAGCCGGAGGUGCUCCAGCCGGAGGUGCUCCAGCCGGUGGAGCUGGUGGUGGAGCUACCGGAGGAGGUAAAGGUGGUGGCUCAGCGGCUGGUCAAGGCCAGACCAAGAAGUAGUCAGGCUUUGCCACGUGAGGCCAUGGAUGAUUAAACCUUAUGCCAUUCAGGGUUUGACAUUACACUAGACGUUACUUCCUGCUGAAUGGAAUGAAAUGUGAUACCUGUGAUUAUAAGUUUGGGUUCGAAUAAGACUUGUGAGUCAACUUGGGGAUUUCUAGUUUCUUAACUGGACAUCAAUUUCUUCAUCAUAAAUUAUGUAUUUUCCAUGUUGGUUUUACAUAGAGAUGAAAUAACAGUGGGCUCAUCCAAAGA